UCUUCUCUUCUGGUCUCUUCCGUUGGUUUCUCUGCAGUAUCUUGAUACCCAGACGACAAUGGCUAGCGCGAGCAAUGCUGCUGGAAGCUCGAACAACCCACGAUCGUUUGGAAGCAUCAUGAGAAGAAUGAACAGGAACAGGGAUUCGCGUUUGCCAGAAUGGUGCAGAUGCGGUUUGAGACCAGUGCUGCGAUGGUCAAUGACGGAUUCUAAUCCAGGGAGACCCUUCGUGGGUUGCCCAAACUACAAUACUGUAGGCAAGAAGUGGUGUGGUUUGUUUAUGUGGAUUGAUAAAAUUCUUGAAGAAGAUGUGAUCACAUGUGAUGGUAGAGCAAGCCCUUCAAUUGACAAUGAAGAGUGGAAGAUGAAGUUUGCUUGGAAACUUGGAAGAUUAGAGUCUGAAGUUAGGGUUCUAAAAGUGGGUGGAGUUUUGGUGUUUGUAUUUAUGCUGCUGGUUACAGUAGCUAUUCUUGUCUUAAAGUUAGAUAGACAGUUUGGCCAAUUGUUUCUGGGAAGAAACACAUGA